ACUUUCUAAAAUGAAAAAAUUGGCGAAGAGGGUUUAAGAAGGGCAAGACCAGCAGAAGAACACUUUGAAACAAGAAUCAUCUCUGAAAUCGCACACACACUCUCUCUGUUUGUUUGAUUGAUUGUUGCAUGGACGAUCAUGGACACUACAAGACUCUGUGUAGUGUUCGAAGAUCGGCACAUUCUCAGCAAAGCCCAGAAAUCCCAAGGACUCAACCAAAGCUGGAUUCUCCUCAAACCUCAACAUCACAAUAUCUCUGAUCUCUCCACCUAUCUCACCCACAUUUUCGACGUCCAUCAUUCUUGCCCUAAUGGUAUCAUUCUCUCUAUGGAUGGCUUUGUGUUGCCUCCAUUUGAGUCCACAUGUAUUUUAAAGGAUAAGGAUGUAAUCAGCGUCAAAAGAAAAGGGGGAAUGUCCUCUGAGAUUGUUGACAAAAGUGAUAGAGAAAAUUUAAUUGAGCAAGAAGAAAUUGUGGAGAAGCAACCUGUGCUGAAUUGUAUGCCACUUCUAGCAAACGGGGAGUUUGAAAAGGAGACUGGCAAUUUUGAAAGUGAACCUGAAGAAGAUGAAGAUAAUGUGUCAGGGGAUACAUUGCAUGUGGACAAUUCAUUUGGUGACAAUGUGCUUUCCAAGAAAAGAAAAGCAUCAAAGAAACUACAGAGCUCAAGGAAGAAAAAACGUACUAUGGUUCCUCAAGAUAUUGAAAAUGAUUUUCAAACGGACCAGAAUGAGAGCUGUCCCAAUGAUGUCCUCCACCGUGGGAAGAGUAUUGAAAAGGAGAAAGUAUCUAUUGUAAAGAGUAAACCUAAGAGAGUGAGCACCCCUAGAAGUGCUGAAAGAAAUAAUGACAUUGCUGAACCUUUGCCCAAUUCAAAGAGGUUUGGUAAGCUUCAAGAAAAUGGAGCAGGAUGUGUUGAUGCACCUCACACGCCAGAUGGAACUAAAAAGGUCCCUAGUAGAAGUGCUCGACGGAAAAAAACCAAGAGGCAAUGGCUGCGGGAAAUUAAAAGAAUUGAAAAGGAGCUUGUGGCCUCAAACCUGCAGCUAUGUGAGAGGCAAUCUCCUGAAAAGCAUAUGCCCAAGGAUUCUAUAGAACAUGAAGAACAAAGCCAAAAUGGUGAAGCAGAUGAUGAGAUUGUUCCCAUUGUAAUUAGGCCAGGACAUAUUCGCUUUGAGCCUCUGGGAAAGGACCGGGCUGUCCAGCAAAGUCAAGUAUCUGUGGAAACAUUUCAGUGGAAUGGAAUCACCAGCAAGAAAAAGGGUCAAAAAUGGGGUAAAGAAAAUUUUCAAUCCAAUAGAAGGAAUGGCUACAAAGACUCCAACAAAGAAUGUUCCGAAAUGAUGGCUGUGGAAGAAGUGAAACCUUCAAAUGAUCCCCUUAACUUUGAUAGGCUACCACCACUUACUAGCUUUCCGAAGGAAGGUGAUGUGAUUGCAUAUCGUCUACUGGAGUUAUCACCAACCUGGACCCCUGAUCUUUGCUCAUUCCGCGUUGGGAAAACAUCACGGUGUGAUCCUAUAUCCCAUACUAUUCUACUCACACCAGUCCCAGAAUAUCCACUUAUUUUUGAGAAGCAGCUAGAUGGAGAUGCAUGGGUACAACCACCCGAUAACUCUCUUUAUAGGGAAGAUGGAUCCUUAGAGAUAGAUUUUUCGACACUUGUUGAUGUUCGGAUUGUCAAGCAUGGCAACUCAGUUCCUGCAAAAGUAGAAACUGGCUGGGUUAAUGACCGUCCUGUUCGUAAUGAAGUUGCCAUAUCAACUGUGGCUCGAAGCAAUAAUUAUAAACGAAAACAUGUCCCCAAAAAAGGAAAUAAAGUGAAUGCCCAGUCGCCAAACUCCACGAAUGCACUGCCAAUUGAGGAAAAUGGUUGGAGUAAUAAGAAUUCGUGGCACGAGCGCAUGAUCAACAACAGUCUUGAGAAAUAGUGCAGUUUGACCCAACAAUUGCUUUUCUAAGAGCAUGGAAUGAUAUAUAUAAGCAUGACAACCCCAUAUCUCAAUGUGUAAUGAGUUAUGUGCCCUUUUACAUAAAGGGCAAGAAUAUCCCUUUUAAGCUCUGUUGAAUAUAUACAAUGCUUGAGCUCUGGUUGAGAACCUUCAAUUAUUAGAUGUAAGAAUGGUCUUGAGGUUCAACUUAUUGAGAUGCAUAUCAGUUUCUCCUCUUAUGUGCAUGCAAAUUGCACUUGUAGGUUGCGUUUGGAUCUUGGAUCAUUGUUUGUGUAGGGAAUAAAAAGAAAGUGCCCAUGCCUGAAUUUCUCUUGCUUUGA